GGCGAUAUAUCUAUCACAGACAUGGAACAACAGAGAUUGGCAGACUUCCUAACUGCAGAAGGGGUGCUGAUAAGACUUGAUGGCAGUAACUACCGUAUGGCCUCAGCAUUCAUUGACUCGUUUGUGAGGAGAUAUAUUAUUCCAUCAAAAUAUCCCAACGCUCCUUCAGAGUCACCCCCAAAGAAAAGAGGAGGAUCAUUGGAUAUUCUAGAGAUUAUGAAGAUUGCUCUUCGAUUUUUCGAUAAAGACUUGAUUUUGCAGGCGGAAGAUCGAUCAUACAAAAGUUCGGGGAGAACAGUUAAGGUUAUGGGCGACUACAACGCCAGUGUCCCUCGAGAAAGCGUCUAUGACACGGAAUUGAUGAGAGUUCUCACCAACUGGCUAAACAAAACAAAAAAAUAUGAGAUCAUUGGCUAUGACAUUGUCAUCAAGAAAGCAGGAAAACCUACGGUUGUUAUCGAGCUUUUGGCUACAGGGAAUCAAACUUCUAUUAAGGACCAUAUCAGCAAGACGCUAACUUACAAACGUUUACUCCCAGCAGAAGAAGCUUGGGUUGUUCAUUUUACCUGUGAGGACGACUAUUUUAAGCACCCAUACUGGCAAACCGACGCGGAACUGGACCAAGGGGUGAAUUUGGUGCAUUUCUGGCACGAUAGGAGUUUUAAUACAGUGCGGAUGAGUGCUCGCUGGAAGGACAGUAGUGGCAAUACUCAAAGAAUUGACAAUGAGCUGUUGACUAUCUAACAGCAAUUCUAUUUUUUUUUUACCCAACAUUGUAAGGACGUCCCAUUUUG